AAACCCGAAAGGUCUCGUCUUGAAUCACCGUACCACCUCUCUCUGUCGUGCCUUUUAAGAUUCGUUGGAUUCCAUGAAGAAGAAUAGUACGCACAGCAACGGAGAAAUAUGUUUCUCAGAUGAGAAGGAACAACAAAGUCAACUAGGAGUGAAUGAAAAUGGACAUGGGUCCGACGGCGUCGUAUUGGGUUUGGAUGGUGGAACCACCUCCACAGUCUGCGUCUGCAUGCCGUUGCUUCCCUUUUCCGACCACAACCUCCCAAACCCUCUUCCCAUUCUCGCACGCGCCGUCGCUGGUUGCUCCAACCACAACAGCGUCGGAGAGAGUGCUUCCAAGGAUACAUUGGAACAGGUUAUGGCCGAAGCCCUCUGUAAAUCAGGUUCAACUUGGUCUUCUGUUCGUGCUGCUUGUUUAGGUGUUUCUGGUGUUAACCAUCCAAAGGAUCAGGAAAGGAUAUUAAAUUGGCUAAGGGACAUAUUCCCUAGUCAUGUAAAGCUAUAUGUUCACAAUGAUGCCCUAGCAGCUCUGGCAAGCGGGACACUGGGAAAGCUUCAUGGAUGCGUUUUAAUUGCUGGUACAGGAUGCAUUUGUUAUGGUUUUUCUAACGAUGGUAGAGAAGCUCGGGCUGCAGGUGCAGGACCUGUCUUAGGUGAUUGGGGAAGUGGCUAUGGGAUUGCUGCACAGGCAUUAACAGCGGUAGUGAGGGCUCAUGAUGGUCGUGGUCCACAGACAAUGCUUACACACAGUAUUUUGAAGGUUCUCGACCUUUCUUCUCCUAAUGAACUGAUAGGGUGGACUUAUGCGGAUCCAUCUUGGGCACGUAUUGCAGCACUUGUUCCGGAAGUAGUGUCUUGUGCAGAAGCAGGUGAUCAAAUCGCAAAUAAGAUACUAGUUGAUGCAGUCCAGGAAUUGGCUAUAAGCGUGAAAGCUGUUGUUCAAAGACUUUGCUUGUGUGGCGAAGAUGGAAAUGGCUCUUUCCCUAUUGUGAUGGUUGGUGGUGUCCUUGAAGCUAAUAAGAAUUGGGAUAUAGGAAAAGAAGUUAUGAAUUGUAUCUACAAACACUACCCUGGGGCUUAUCCAAUUAGACCAAUGGUAGAGCCUGCUGUUGGGGCAGCUUUGCUGGCCUGCAAUUUCUUGAUGAAAGAAUCAGAAGGGCACUAUAACAGCUGACCAGGGUUCUGCAGCAAGUGUUCCACUGUUCAUUUCAAAAUACAAUAUCUGAUGGUGCCUCUCCACACCUGAUUACCAUCUUAGAAGUGUUGGAGGAAGAUGAAGUUCAUGUGGCUUUUAUGCGUUGGUUUAAUAAAUUAUGUUGUAGUUUUGUGACUUCUGUUCUUCAUUUUUUGAGUUUCGAGUUAAAAGCUGAUUCAAACAUUCUCAAAUGGUCAAGCAUGGGGGAUAAAUAUAAGGUUCCUCUAAGAUCUAGCCAAGUGAAGUGAUCACCACUUUAUCAUCAAUAUGAUGUUACCAACUCUAUUAACAUGGUGAAAAGCUCUAUCCAGAUAUGAUAAGGCUGCCUAAAUUGUUACUCCAUGUAUGAUUUGCCAUCUUGUUGAGGAGGAUGGGGAGCUUACUAUUUAGAUGUAAAUUGACUGCAAUGACACUUUGUUUACAAGAUUGUUUGUAAAAAUGAUGUGGCUAUGGUGUUACCUUAUAUUGUGGUGAUGGAAUGCACUAAUUGCUGAAAUUUGGUAUUUAAAAGAUUUAUAGUGGAAAUGACAAUCUAGUGCUGGUUAAGAUCCUCAUUUGAGAAGCUACAAAAUGCUUAGAAGAGUGGUAAUGAUGCCGAAGUGAAGGACACUCAAGCUACAUCGGCUAGCAUCAAGAUCCUCUCCAAUUGAUUUUUAACUGUGAAAUUACAAAAAUGUCCCUAUGUAUAAAGGACCGACUCCUCUCCAGUUGAGAGCAAC